GAUGCAAUUACUUUUCCUAAAAAUCUGGCCAAGUUUAGCCUGGUGCCGGUCCGACGACCCGGUGAUCAACGUCUUCUUGUUACUCUCAUCUCUCCUUUGUUGAAAACAUGACGCAGGCUGGGCCAUCACAGACACCGCCAGCAGAACGUGCAGUGCCACCUCUUCUACUGCCUGAGGCCCUUGGAUUCUCUCCACAGCUACUCCUCGAUGACAUUAUCAACAUUGCCAACAGCGCUCUCCUCGAUGGCGUCAGUGGUAUGGAAAGUUACCUACAGAAAUGGGCAGAGGAACGCGCAGACCGACUUGGAAGUGAAUGGGACAACACACAGGAGGUAGAGCAGGGACUUGUCUCUUUCCAGACUCUCCUGGAGCACCAUACCGACCUUGCCUUUGACUUUUUCGAGGCUUGGUCUCUCCGAAAUAUCUUCGCUGUACCUCCAGAUCUUCCUCUUGUCCUGCCGCACCAGGAAGGACUAGAUCUUACACUUCGUCCGGAAAGAGAGCAGGAGCUGAUGGAUGAGAAUGCUGAACUGAGGCGGCGGCUGAGUGAGCAAAAGCAGCUGAAACGAAUGCAGAUAAAGGCUCUCCACGCAAUAACAAACCGACAACGGCGGUCAGCGAAACGCCUGGAGCGGCUCUCAUUCCUUGACACGCCGGCGCUGGAUGUAUCGGCUGCCCUACCUCGUAAAUUGAUGGAGAUGCAUUCUGCCGUGUCAAAUUUACCGCCAAUAGAUCCGGAGACCAUUGCGGCACUUGCACAAUUCCAAGAGACGGAUUCUGGCAAGCGACAGUGGGAAACGAGCAAGUCGGGGUAUUUGAACUGGGCUGUUUCCCAGCUGUUGUCUCGAUCUAAAACGCGAGAAGGAGGCGGAGAAGUAGAAGGAAUAACUGAACAGGCUGCUGAGAUUGGCCAAGCGGAGCAGCUGAGGCAAGCGUUCGAGAUUACCAACGGCGUUCGGGAGGACUUGGAGAACGCAAUGCAGAUGGAUACGCGAUGAAUGGUUGCAAGAUCAUGUUGCUGAUAUUCUCCAUCAAACAAACUCAUCUCGAGUAUCUGAUUCUCUGAUUAUCAUUGUAUUUUUGCUAUCCUAGAUUUGUAUAUAUGUACUUCACAGGCGCUGUAUGAUUGUCGCCACCCACUGCAUUUGAUAACCCCGAGAUGACCAUUGCCAUUUUUUUGGGUUAUCUUCAAAGUAUGAAUGGGCCCUAAUAUUGGCAGUAUACCUUGGAUCUCGUAGGGAAAUGAACAUGUAGAUUGUGAAUAUCUGCUUCCUUCUGCUCUGUAGUGGC